CGGUCCGUAUACCGUCCAUAGAAAUACGAUCGUUCCUGUCGGAUAGCAUAACUCAGUCGACCAUGUCACGGUCAACAGUCAGGCUACUUCGAGGCUUGCGAUCGACUCGGGGAAAUGUUCUCAAGUGGUCGCGCGGUUGUCAUUCUGACUUUCGCGGUGUUCCACCGUUACGACACGCCGAGGUGGGCAGUCUGAUCGUGCUGUCCCUCGCCACGCUAUACUUUGGGGCACAAACCAUCAAGCUCGAUUCAUCUUUCGACCCGUCGCCUCCAAACGACCGAAGCACGGGGUUUGGACUCAUUCCAUUUGCAGAGGUCCAGAAGCAUUGCACUGAGGACGAUUGUUGGGUGGUCAUCGAUGGCAAAGUGUAUGAUUUGACCAAGUUCGCCGCCGAAGCCCAUCCAGGAGGUAGUGGACCAAUCCUUCAGUUCGCCGGUCGAGAUGCAACUACCGUGUUCCAAUCUAUCCAUCCGCCUGGUGUCAUCGAGCAUAUGCUUGACCCGAGCGCAUUGCAAGGGACCGUCGAUCCGACUACGCUCCCACCUUCGACACAGAGGACUGCGACCGAGGUGGAGCGUGAGAUCACCCUGGGUGAGAUCGUCGGUCUCCCAGAUUUCGAAGAAGCUGCUCGGCGGAAGCUGUCCGCCAAGGCAUGGGCGUACAUGUCGGCAGGAGCUACGGACAUGUACACCCUCGACCUGAAUCGCUCCUCCUUCAACAAGAUUCUCUUUCGGCCAAGGGUUCUAGUGGACGUGGACAAGGUCGACUCGUCCACUGUCAUGCUUGGACAGCCAACGUCCAUGCCUAUAUUCCUCAGCCCUACAGGCAUGGCCGGCCUCGCUCAUCCAGACGGCGAGAAGCUCUUGACAGCGGCGGCGGGUGAGUGUGAAGCAAUCUACAUGAUAUCCACAAACGCUUCGGAUCCCUUGCAGGACAUUGUCAAUGCUCGUCAAAGCCGGACCCAGCCACUUUUCAUGCAGCUCUACGUGGAUCGCAAUCGACCCAAGUCGGAAGCUUUGAUACAUAAAAUCAACGACCUUGGACUGAAAGCCAUCUUCGUCACGGUGGAUGCAGCUGCCCCGGGCAAACGCGAAGCAGAUGAGCGUAGCUUGGCCGAGAUUGAGGCGAGUCAGGCGGGUGAGAUACCAGGCGUGUCGGGAGGCAAGAUGGCUCGGGAUAGGAAAGGCGGUGGCAUUGCACGGGCCAAAGGAGGAUUCAUCGACCCCACGCUUAAUUGGAAUGACAUUGCCUGGUUGAGGCGACAUACGAAUCUGCCCAUAGGUCUGAAGGGGGUCCAAUCGGUCGAAGACUGCGUCAAGGCGGUGGAAAUGGGAGUCGAGGCGAUCUAUCUGUCGAAUCAUGGUGGACGAGCAUUGGAUGGUUCAGAACCUGCUUUGUAUACCCUGCUGGAGCUCCGGAAGCAUCGUCCAGAUGUUUUUGACAAAGUAGAGGUGUACCUUGACGGCGGGGUCAGGCGCGGCACUGAUGUAAUCAAGGCCAUCUGUCUUGGGGCAAAAGGAGUUGGACUGGGUAGACCCAUCCUCUACUCCAUGACGUAUGGAAAGGAUGGUAUCGUCCACGCUCUCGAGAGUGAGGGCUUGAGGUAUCCAUCCGUCGGGGCUGACGUGGCAGUCCUUCGGGAUGAGAUCCAUACCACGAUGAAACUGCUCGGUGUGACUCGGCUGGAUCAACUAGGGCCACAUCUGGUGCGUCUCAUCAGAGAGCCGGACUGACGUUCCAAGCUUAAUACCAAGGCCCUUGACCCGUUGAUAGCUGACGA